AUGUUCGGGCCCCUCAGAGUCCACAGAGCACAGGUUCUGGAUCCGUCCUGCAGCUCCAACGGGAGGAAGGACCCCGAGACGAGGAUCAACACGAGGUCUAGUCCACCGCCCGACCGGCUCUGUGAGGAAGAGCAGGCGUGUCUGUUCUGGGUCGCCCAGCCGGUCCGACCUGUUGGCCGCCGCCUCCGGGCCUCACCUGCCACCUGGCACCUGGCGCCUGCCUCACCAACCUCCUCAACCCCAUCAACCUCCUCAACCUCCUCAACCCCAUCAACCUCAUCGACCCCAUCAACCUCAUCAGCCUCACCAACCUCCUCAACCCCAUCAACCUCACCAACCUCUUCAACCUCACCAACCUCACCAACCCCAUCAACCUCAUCAGCCUCACCAACCCCAUUAACCUCAUCAACCUCACCAACCUCCUCAGCCUCAUCAACCUCAUCAACCCCAUCAACCUCAUCAGCCUCACCAACCUCCUCAACCCCAUCAAGCUCCUCAACCUCACCAACCUCUUCAACCUCACCAACCUCACCAACCCCAUCAACCUCACCAACCUCUUCAACCUCACCAACCUCACCAACCUCCUCAACCCCAUCAACCUCCUCAACCUCCUCAACCUCAUCAACCCCAUCAACCUCACCAACCUCUUCAACCCCAUCAACCUCAUCAGCCUCACCAACCUCAUCAACCCCAUCAACCUCAUCAACCUCACCAACCUCCUCAGCCUCAUCAACCUCAUCAACCUCAUCAGCCUCACCAACCUCCUCAACCCCAUCAACCUCCUCAACCUCAUCAACCCCAUCAACCUCACCAACCUCUUCAACCUCAUCAACCCCAUCAACCUCACCAACCUCUUCAACCUCACCAACCUCACCAACUUCCUCAACCCCAUCAACCUCCUCAACCUCAUCAACCCCACCAACCUCAUCAACCCCAUCAACCUCAUCAGCCUCACCAACCUCAUCAACCCCAUCAACCUCAUCAACCUCACCAACCUCCUCAGCCUCAUCAACCUCAUCAACCCCAUCAACCUCAUCAGCCUCACCAACCUCCUCAACCCCAUCAACCUCCUCAACCUCAUCAACCCCAUCAACCUCACCAACCUCUUCAACCUCACCAACCUCAUCAACCCCAUCAACCUCACCAACCUCUUCAACCUCACCAACCUCCUCAACCCCAUCAACCUCCUCAACCUCCUCAACCUCAUCAACCCCAUCAACCUCAUCAGCCUCAUCAACCCCAUCAACCUCAUCAGCCUCACCAACCUCCUCAACCUCAUCAACCCUAUCAACCCCAUCAACCUCACCAACCUCUUCAACCUCCUCAACCUCCUCAAUCACAUCAACCUCCUCAACCUCAUCAGCCUCACCAACCUCCUCAACCCCAUCAACCUCCUCAACCUCACCAACCUCACCAACCUCUUCAACCUCACCAACCUCACCAACCUCAUCAACCUCCUCAACCCCAUCAACCUACUCAGCCUCCUCAACCCCAUCAACCUACUCAGCCUCAUCAACCUCAUCAGCCUCACCAACUUCCUCAACCCCAUCAACCUCCUCAACCUCCUCAACCUCAUCAACCCCAUCAACCUCACCAACCUCUUCAACUUCACCAACCUCACCAACCUCCUCAACCCCAUCAACCUCAUCAACCCCAUCAACCUCACCAACCUCACCAACCUCUUCAACCUCACCAGCCUCAUCAACCCCAUCAACCCCAUCAACCUCCUCAACCUCACCAACCUCCUCAACCCCAUCAACCUCCUCAACCUCCUCAACCCCAUCAACCUCAUCAACCUCAUCAGCCUCAUUAACCUCAUUCACACCGACCGGCUUCGCCAUGUGCCUCGUCAGCUGGCUGAUCACUGGCGCCGCGCUGGCCAACGACUACUGGAAGAUCUCCACGGUGUCCGGCAGCGUCAUCAUCUCCCAGAGGCAGUUCGAGAACCUGUGGCACGCCUGCGCCGAGAACAGCGCCGGCAUCGCCGAGUGCCGGGACUUCGAGUCGCUGCUCGCCCUCCCAGCUCACAUCCAGGCGAGCCGCGCCCUGAUGAUCAUGUCCCUGCUGCUCGGCCUCGCCUCCAUGAUCGUGUCUCUGCUCGGCCUGAAGUGCAUCAAGAUCGGCUCGGCCACCGACCAAUCCAAGGCCAAGGUGGCCAUCAGCGGCGGCGUGCUGAGCAUGCUCGCUGGGCUGUGCUGCAUGACCUCCGUCUCCUGGUACGCCUACCGGGUCGUUCAGGACUUCCACAACCCGUUCUUCGGCGGCGUGAGGUUCGAGCUGAGCACUGGGCUCUACAUGGGAUGGGGCGGAGCCUUUCUGGCCAUCCUGGGUGGAGGCUUCCUCUGCUCCGCCUGCAAGAGGAUGAAUCCUGAAGGAAAGAAAAGCGGCUUCUAUGGAGCCAAGGCCCCGAGGAUCUACACGGCGACAGCCAAGUCCGAUCCAGAUUCAGGCCGAGCCUACAAUUCUAAUAAUUUUCCGGAGGUUUUAAUUGCUGGCGUCAAAUUGAACCCAAAGGGUAAAAUAUGUUAGUAAAUAUAAAGGUAACAGGAGGGUGUAAUAUUGAUUCGGGUCAAAAUGACCCUAAGGCAACACAAGGGUUAAAUAACAUGAAGUGUGCUGUGUCUUUAAAUAACAUGUAGUGUACUGUGUCUUUAAAUAACAUGUAGUGUACUGUGUCUUUAAAUAACAUGUAGUAUACUGUGUCUUUAAAUAACAUGUAGUAUACUGUGUCUUU